CUCCAGACAGACCCUUAUAAAAGUUUACCAGGGUUUUUCUGCAUGGUAAUUAUGCAGUUUUCCCUUCCUCCCCUAGGGUUAUACUACUUGGCGAUGUCAUAACUCCUUGCCGUGGUCCACUGUGAUGUCACUAGAUGAAUUGUGAUGUCACACACCACUAUUUUUGUAAUAAUUUUUUUUAUGAAAUCAUCAACAGCAGCCACAGUUCCAGCUCCACACUGUAAAGCUUGGAGUGUGUUGAGUUGCGUGUACCUGUACCAUUAAAAAGCACAUCAGGACAGUGACGAUGAAUGGAAAAGGCUAACUUGCUGCGUGGUUUGUAUCCAGUGCCCAGCCUUGGCUCUGUCAGCGCAGUCUUGAGGAGGAGGAGCUACAGGUUCCAGGUGUCUCUGCUGCUGGAUGAGCUGGCCCAUGUUCCCCUGGUGAACGGAGUGCUCUUCUGCAAGGUCAGGCUUCUGGACGGGAGCUACAAGCACGAGUCUAUGAGGUACAUUAACAUGAGGAAAGAGCCCACUCUGCAGCAGAGCUCAUCCGCUUCCUAGCAGCUGAUUAGAUUCAGAACCUCAAAGUUAAAGGAUCCUAAUGAUUCAGCAUCACCAUUGUGGCUUGGUAACCCUUGGUAACCUUUAAUAACCCUUGAUAACCCAUUCCAUACCCUCACUGCCCCCUGUGUAAAGAAGUGUCUCCUACCCUCUGUUCAAAGUCUGUCUCCACUUCCAA